CUGUAAUCCUUUGAACACUGUUACCAUGGAAACCAUAAGAGCAUCUGUCAAAUGUAAAUAUUGUGACAAAGAUAAUCUGAAGAGGUGGCUCAAAGAAAUUGACUGAAAUGGAGAAACUUUGCCAGGAAGAGAAAGCAUCACUGGAAGAGAAACAAACCUGCACAAACCCAGGAGAACAUUAUGAUGAAGCCUCAGUUGGUCCCAGUGAUGGACAGCAGGUUCAGCCCACCAAGAGGCUGCAGAAACAACACCGUUGUAACAAGUGUCUGAAACUUUUCAGAUGGAAGACGAAUCUGAAAAUUCAUCAACGCAUUCACACUGGAGAGAAGCCCUAUCUCUGUGACCAGUGUGGAAAGGCUUUCAUUUCCAAGGGUAAUUUAAACAGCCAUCAGCGAAUCCACACUGGUGAAAAGCCUUACAGCUGCAGUCAAUGUGAGAAGAGAUUCAAACAAUACUCAGGUCUGAAGAUUCAUCAGCGAAUCCACACUGGAGAGAAGCGCUAUGUCUGUGACCAGUGUGGAAAGGCUUUCAUUCAGAAGGGUACUUUAAACAGACAUCUGCGAUUCCACACUGGUGAAAAGCCUUACAGCUGCAAUUGCUGUGAGAAGAGAUUCAAACGUUCCUCAUGUCUGAAGAUUCAUCAGCGAAUCCACACUGGUGAAAAGCCUUACAGCUGCAGUCAGUGUGAGAAGAGAUUCAAACGUUCCUCAUGUCUGAAGAUUCAUCAGCGAAUCCACACUGGUGAAAAGCCUUACAGCUGCAGUCAGUGUGAGAAGACAUUCAAAGAUUCCUCAGGACUGAUGUAUCAUAAGCAAAUCCACACUGGAGAGAAGCGCUUUCUCUGUGACCAGUGUGGAAAGGCUUUCAAGGGUAAUUUAAACAGCCAUCAGCUAAUCCACACUGUUGAAAAGCCUUACAGCUGCAGUCAGUGUGAGAAGAGAUUCAAAUCCUCAAAUCUGAAGCAUCAUAAGCGAAUCCACAGGAGAAAAGCCUGA